UUCUUUUUCUUUCUUCCACGCUGCUAACUUUGGGAGGAUAAGAUCAAGCUUUUUUUUUUUUUAGAGUGGAGACAGAUGUUGUAGCUAAAAAUGGCUCAAGCAACCGAGAGGAUAGUUGGAAGCUCCACAUCGGCUUUUCCUGAAAUAAUCGAGCUGAAUGUCGGCGGACAGAUUUACGUUACGCGACACUCAACUUUACUCUCCGUCCCGAACUCUUUAUUCUGGAGCAUGUUUAAAGAGCACAGCUCGUCCCAGCUGACCCGGGACAGCAAAGGGCGCUACUUUCUAGACCGGGACGGAUUUCUGUUCCGCUACAUCCUGGAUUACCUGCGCGACCAGAACCUGGCGCUGCCUGACUUCUUUAAAGAACGAGCGAGUUUGCAGAAAGAGGCUGAGUUUUUCCAGCUGCCCGAUCUGGCACGUCGUCUCCGGCCUCCUCAGGUCAUUAAGGAGAACUCGAUCGGCGACGAGGCGUUUCACAGCGACCCGGAGGAAGCAGCAGGGUCGUGCGCUCUCGCCAGUAUCGGUGCCAGUGGAGGCAGCAGCGCCAUCGGGCCGCGCUCUCCGUCCCUGGAAGCGCGCAAAACCGGCUACAUAACCGUCGGCUACCGCGGCUCGUACACGAUCGGACGAGACAUCCAGAACGACGCCAAGUUCCGCCGCGUAGCCCGGAUUACCGUGUGCGGCAAAACCUCACUCGCCAAGGAGGUGUUCGGCGACACGCUGAACGAGAGCAGGGACCCCGACCGACCCCCGGAGAGGUACACGUCCCGCUAUUACCUCAAGUACAACUUUCUGGAGCAGGCGUUCGACCGGCUGUCCGAGAUGGGCUUCCACAUGGUGGCGUGCAACUCCACAGGGACGUGUGCGUACACCAGCAGCGACCCCAAUGAGGACAAAAUCUGGACCAGUUACACCGAGUAUGUGUUUUGCAGAGAGUGAGGCGAGGUGGAACUGAUUUCAUUUUCUUUUUCUUUUCUUUUUUGUUGUUGUUAUUGUUAUAAACGCGACUAUUUCCACCAGUUUAUAGCGUACCUGUACGUGUAGGCUACUCUCAGAAACCAAGGUACCAAACUGUGCUUGAUCUUGUCACUGGACUUGUGUGGUGCCAUCAAGGGAACAUCUUGUGCCUUUAGUAUGUAUCAUGUGUGCACGUGGUGCAUUUUGUUUUAUCAGCUUUGAGAGUAAACAUUCAUCAGUUGUCCACAAGGUCCAAUUGUAUACCUAACUGUGAAUGACACAUAAAAGGUGUCCUCUUCAUUCUACCACACUGGUGGCAAGCAUCAGUACAGUUUUGUACCUUUUUUUUCAGACUCUCAAAAAAAAAAAAGGUACUAUUGCCUGUCAUUUCGGUUGUAUACCCACAAGAGUGUAUGACCUGUACUUGUAGCAUGUAUCAUUCAUCUAUCUAAGUAAGUGAAGUACUUUAAUAUGCACCUUCUAACAUUCCUGUUCCUCAGCUAAACUUCUGGAGACCUUCUACCACUAGUAGGAGAAACUGAGAACCAUGGGUGAUGUUUAGUGUGUUAACUUAUCAGGGUGUGGUGCCAUAAAUCUGUCCCCAUGCCUUAAACCAUGUCAUAAACCACAUCCAUUUUAUUAGACAAAGGAUGCAAACUUCAUAGUACUUACGGUGUACUAAAGAGGUUACUGCACUACUGAGAUACAGUUAAUUAUAUAUAUUUUUUGGCCGCUGGUGCAACUCACCAAAUAAACUCUUCGUUUUUGUUUUUUUUUUCAAAGUGGGCCUGUUUUUUUUUUUUUAGAUGUGUGUUAACAUCAGCUCUCACAGAUUAACAUAAAUACAGUUUAGUGUGUUGUCAGAAACUUUAAUGAUUUGCAACCUCGUUAUUUUCAGAGAAUUUGUUAAGAACGUGAGGUAAAAACCUUCUCGUAUUCUUGUUACGGAUGCACACAGGCGUGUCCGGAAAAUGGUGGUUUGCUUUGUCCAGGCAUGUUGAGGGAAGCUAACGUUACCUAUCUGAGAAGAAAUGUGACUGGAAUUUAGAUACCUGUUGACUGACAUGGAGGAGGACACGGAGAAUGACAUGGAGGAGGACGUGGUGGACGUUGCUCCUCUGUAAACUCACUGCCAUUUCAUCUUAACAUCCCACAUACUGCUUUCUCGGUCGUUGUCCUUUUCUAAUCUCUCCCACUGGAUAUCUUUUUUCCGAUUGGUGGUCGUCACUGUCUCACUGUGUUGUUUUCGAUAACUAGAGCGUCAGUUUCCUGUUCGAUGUAAACAGUUUUAGCGCACAUGAAAUCUCUGACUCUGACUCUCCCUUUUUUUUUUUUAACCAAUUCUUUUCCUUAUGAACUAAAUCGUUGUUUUUUUUAUUUGCACUUGUAGAUUUGAAAUUCCUCUGUAUUCUUGUAUGAUUAAAACAAUAAACUAGAUAUGAAUAGAUAUAA